UAUGUGCUAGGAACUAAGUGUCCAGCGAGAUUCACAGUUAAUUUGAUCAGCAAUGGUUUAGAGAUUGAUAUUUGGAAGGAUAAUCAUAACUGCCAAAACAGAGAGCUAUCUUCCGUUGUAAAUAUAAAGGCUCACGAGUCAAAAAUUAAUGAUAAAAAUUCGAGAAUACUCAAUUUAUCAUUUGAUAGCUACCAGUCACUAGAAACAUUCGUAACAAACUUUCAAAAAGAGGAAAAAGAAGUAUACGUUAAGCGAGACAGUCGGUAUUUGAAAGAUUGUAAUAUCAGGAAACCGUACAAUGAAAAUUUAGUAUAUGUAUACGUCAAGUUUGUUUGUAAAUUUGGUGAGUUAACUCACACUCCUAAAGAAAACAAGCAACGAAAGACAAGCACAUACAAAAUGGGAUGUGAAGCUUUCAUUUACGCAAACUUGACACAGGAUCACGGUUCACUAAAAAUUACCAAUGUUAAUUUGGAACAUAGCAAUCACGAAGAUAGUAAGGCCUUUAUUGAUGAUGUGCCUGAAAACAGAAGAUUGUCGCCAGGAACUUAUCAAAUGGCAGUGGAUGCUUUGAAUUUAAAAUGCGCCAAUGUUCAUCUUCUCCAUAAGAAUAAAGAGUACCAAGGUCUCUAUUUUUCUACUGCUGACAUGAGGUCUUCUUUUCGGUCGUGGCCAGAAGUUGUGUUCUUAGAUGGAUCUUAUAAAUUGUUUAAUACUAAUUUAUCAUUUAUGAUAUUGCUUGUGGAAGACUCCAAUGGAUUAAGUGAACUAGCUGGUGCAGCUAUACUAGCUCAUGAAGAUUAUGCAUCCAUGAAGUGGUUUCUUGAAACUUUUAAAAAUGAAAACGCAGAUGCUUGUAAUAAAAUAAGAUGCUUCAUGACCGACAAGGACUUAACAGAGAGAAAAGUUUUGAAAGAAUUGUUUCCUAACGUUUCUACAUAUAUCUGUCGAUUUCAUGUCUUAAAAAUAUUUUCUAAUUAUAUUACAACAAAAGCAAUGAAUAUCACAACUGAUCAAAGAAACCUUUGUUUAUCAUUACUUCAAAAGAUUGUUUAUAGUGAAUCUCCUGAAGAAUAUGAUGAUUAUUACGUUCAACUUGUUGAUUAA